UUACCGACGGCGUACGCACUACAGUGGACAAUCUCUGUUCUUCUAAUGAAGCAAAACUACUUAGGUUGACGACUCUCGUGUGAGGUGCCCGUUCAGCAACCAUUAAACUUGUCCAAUUGUCGACCGGUCGAGUCCUUUACCUUUGGUCAUUACCUAACUCUGUAGCGUUCGAAGUACGCUUUCGAAGACUACAUUUGCAAGAAAACAAUUGAUAUCUCAAGAACAGGAGGUGAAAACUAAGUGGAUAAUCAAUCUUCAGGGUUCAUAAAAGCAUCAUGUUCAAACGGAUAAAAUCCUACCUUCCCGGUCGGAACAUGUCCAUUUUUCUGGGGACGGUGGCAGCAUUUACUGGAGCAGUUUAUUAUGAUAAACGAGAGCAGAAGAAAAUUCUGAAUCAUUAUUGUAAUAAAGUAGCUUUUUUGGCUGACCAGCCAAUGCAACCAUUAGAAAUGCCACGUCGGUUCCGUGUGUAUCUUCAUGGUCCUCCUGGAGAUGGCAUUUAUGUUGCUCGUGAUGAAUUCCACCGCUACGUGAAGCCUAUUUUAAAUGCCGCUGCAGUUGAUUUUGAUAUGUAUGAAUCAAAGGGAGAAGGCGAGCUGACCCGCUUUGUUGCUCGUGAAGUUUGGAACAAGCAUCAUAAUAUUAGCGAUGAACCACAAAACGUUGUCGCCAUUCAGUCUCUUCUUAAGCAAAGCGAUGAGCCUAGCGCAACUGUCCUCCUUGGACGUCAUGCCGUUAAGGAGUUUGUGCAAGGAUGUUCUCUCGGCUGUUCUCCAAGUUACGAGGAAUUUGUUGCUAAAACAACGCCCCCAGAGAAGCCUGUUAAGGCAGACGAGAGCAAUGAGACGAAGGUGCCAAACACUUCGGAGGAUAACAAAGACACAGAUACCAAAACAGCAACUGCCGAUGAGGAGGAGGAUGGAGAUGAGUCUAAGACUCCGGAUCCCAUGUUUGACAAGUCAUUUAUUCCAAAAGACAUUCAAGCUGCCGACAAAACGGCUACGGAAAACAUUCUUUUGGUCCCUCUUCCCCAUCUGUUGGGCUUCUCAAACACAUUCCGUCGAAUCUACCGUUUCCUUCAUCGUCGUGAACUGGCUAAUAAGAUUGGCGAGCUUGUUACCAAUGCGAUUCUUGAACAAAGAACGGUACCAAUACAAAAAGCGACGAACGAACAGCUGCUUGAUGCUGAAGAAGGAGAUUGGCCAAAAAUGUUUACUAAACGCGAGGACGCAAAUGAACGUGUUUGGACGGGCCCGUUUAUGAAGACAGAUGAUAAAGCUCUUGAAGACGUGAAGCUGUACGUGACUCCCUUGGACUCAUUCACAGACCAAACGAACUAAAAACACUACACGCUGCUUUUUCAAUUGGGUUGCGUUUGAACGACUACUCUUGUUUUGGAGACGAACUACUGUUUAAGUAUAGGUUAGGAUAGAAGGUUAGGCAAUACAUUCACGAACGAAUCUUUGGAUAUGUACAUAUAGACUCAGAGGCAAUUGUUAGCGGAUGAUGACAGCGCACAUGUACGUGUGUCAGUUCUAUCGCUAAUAAUAUGCGCCUUCUCAUCAAUUGGUUUUUGUGAAAUUGGAUUUCUUAGGUAUAUGUCUUUUUGCUUAGUAAAGCAAAAUUAACUUCUUUCAACUCA